GGAGAUGACCGAACCCCUCUCCAAUGGCGCCGUCUACCAGUCGGUGCCUGAGUCCUACGUGCUCCCGGAGCACCAGAGGCCUAGGAGCUCGCCGCCGUCUUCCGCGGCGGCGAUACCUGUAGUUGACCUCGGCGGCGAUGAUCCCGACAGGACGGCGGAACAGAUCGUCGCCGCGGGGAAAGAGUUCGGUUUCUUUCAGGUGAUCAACCACGGCGUGGCGGAGGACGUGAUGGCCUCCAUGAUGAGCGCCGCGGAGGAGUUCUUCAGGCUCCCGACGGACGAGAAGAUGGCGCACUACUCCACCGACAGCACGAAGCUGCCGCGGUUCCACACGAGCGUCGGGAAGGAGCAGGAGAAGGUGCUGUACUGGAGAGAUUGCCUGAAGAUCGGCUGCUACCCGUUCGAAGAGUUCAGGCACCGGUGGCCCGAGAAGCCGGCCGGGCUCGGCGCCGCGCUGGAGGCGUACACGGCAGCGGUGAGGAGCGUGGCGCUGCGCGUGCUGCGGCUGGCCGCGUCGGGGCUGGGGCUCGAGGACGAGGCGCACUUCGAGGGCGGGGAGCUGACCGCGGGGCCGGUGGUGAUGAACGUGAACCACUACGUGGCGUGCCCGGAUCCGAGCCUGACGCUGGGCAUCGCGCCGCACUGCGACCCCAACGUGGUCACCGUCCUCAUGGACAACGGCGUCCGCGGCCUGCAGGCGCGGCGGCGGCGCGGCGAAGGCGAAGGCGAAGGCGAAGGCGGAGGGUGGGUCGACGUGGACCCCCCGCCCGGCGCGCUCGUCGUCAACUUCGGGCACCAGAUGGAAGCGGUCACCAACGGGCGCGUGCGCGCCGGCGAGCACCGCGCGGUGACCAGCGCCCGCGCCGCGCGCACGUCGCUCGCCGCGUUCGUCAUGCCCGCCAUGGGCUACGUCGUGUCGCCGGCGCCCGGGGUGGUGGCGGAGGGAGAGGCGCUCCUGUUCCGGUCCUACACGUACCAGGAGUUCGUCAGCGUGUACACCGCGGCAACCGGCGACAGGGACGCCGUCCUGGCGCGGUUUCGGAACAACAAUGGCUGACUGACGCUCGUCGCCGGCCGCCUUCUCUUUACCUCAAGAAGGAACUCCUUGCUGAUUGUUUUUGUCAAAAAAGAAAAACAGCAAGAAUUGCAUAUUCCGUGUCAACUGUAAUUUGUCGUUAUCUUGGGUGCGGUGCAACGUUUUUCCAACGACGACGUAUUCCUCUCGGUUUUACUUUUUAGCCAUGUUUUCAAACAAUUUGAUCAUGCCCUUAACUACAUGGACUAUGAUUGUUGAUUAAGAGCAUGUUAGAUAGACAAGAUUUUUAUAGUCCUUAAGGACCCGUUCGGUAGACAUGGAACGGAGGACCGGAAUUGUUCU